AUGAUGUCGGAUGGAAUCUUACUCAAAAUCCCUCAAGUCAUUCGUACUUAUAAUGUCACACGAUCAAUUAGUAGAACAACUACAGAAAUAUAUUCAGCAUCGAUUAGAAUUCAAACAGCAAUACCAAUUACGAAAUCUUCGGAUAUAUCACCAGCAGAAUGUUUUGGUUUUGCUAUACUUAUUUUAACUACAAUUAUUGGUAAUACACUUGUUCUUUCAGCACUUUUUCUUGAUAAAAGACUUCAUACACCUUCAUUCUUUCUUAUUGCUAAUAUGGCUAUUGCUGAUUUAUUACUUGGUAUAGCUGUUCUUCCGUUUUCAUCUGUACUUGAACUUCUUAAUGAUCAUUGGAUAUUUGGACAAAGUUUUUGUUCUACAUGGCUUGCACUUGAUGUUCUUUGUUGUACAGCAUCGAUUAUAGCUUUAAUGGCUGUAUCAAUUGAUCGAUAUAUUGGUGUAACAAGACCAUUAAACUAUAGUACUAUAAUGACAACUCGACGAACAAUUUACUUAAUAAUUAUUGUCUGGACUGUAUCAAUAUUAACAUCUGUUGUGCCAUUAUUUGGUUUAACUGAUCGAAGAAAAAUAUCAAAAAAUAUCAAUACAACAUAUGAACAUUUAGAAAAAUGUGAAGUCAAUAAGAAUACAUUUUAUACAAUAUUUUCUUCUAUGAUAUCAUUUUAUAUACCUGUUAUUAUACUUCUUAUACUUUAUUCACGUGUUUAUCAAGAAGCAAAAAAACAAGAAAAAAAAUUAGAAAGUGAAAAACGUCGUCUAUUUGAAAUUGAUUAUCAAAGAGCACACGAACAAGCUCAAAAACUACAAAAAAUUCAAUCAAAUGGAAAUUUAAGAAAAAGUCACAGCCCUUCAAAUAAAUCUGAAGACAGUAAAAAUGGUGUAUCAAGAAAAAUUUUAAAUCAUGAAAAUAGUGUUGAUCAUACUUUACCAUUAGCUGAUAGUAUUCAUUUAAAAAAUGAUUAUUCAGAUCUAAAGUCAAAGGAUAAUGCUGACGAUGAUGAUAUAUCUCAGUCUGAAUCUUCAAUGGCUCCUAAGAAAAAAAGAAAACGUGGUUUUUUGGGAAAACGUAUAUUUUCAACAAUCAAACGAAAUUCACUUCUUAGUACUACUACUCCUCAAACAUCACAUCGCAAUAGUGCGUUAUUACCAAAUGAUGAAUUAUUAUUAAUUAAACGUAGAUUACAUAAUCUUAAACGUGAAAAAAAAGCUUUUCGUACAGUUGGUCUCAUACUUGGCGCAUUACUUAUUUGUUGGCUUCCAUUUUUUGUAACAUUACCUGUUAUGUCAAUACUAAAACAUCAUGGAGUACUGAAAGAUGAAAGUCAUGAAAGUACAUGGUUUAAAAUUGCAUUUUGGCUUGGUUAUUGUAAUUCAGCACUUAAUCCAUUUGUUUAUGCGUUUUCAAAUCGUGCAAUUCGUCGAGCAUUUCGUCAAGUUAUAUUUCGGCGCUGUUGUUGUUGUAUCUGUCCAAAACCAUCAAAUAAUCCUGAAGAACAAUAUAGUAGUCAACGUCAACGUGGUCAUAGUGGUUCAUUAACUACAGAUAUAUCUCAAGUAGUGACAAAAGGAAUAAAUUCAUCAUCAGUUGAUACUAUGCGAACAAUACCAAGAACACAAAGUAAUCAUAAUUAUCCGCCAAGUUCAUUAAGACGAACAUCUACAACUGCUGCACCGAUUGUUUCAUUUGCUGAUUUUCUAGAAGAAACAGGUGAUGAUGAUAUAUCAUCUCAUGAUGAUAAGCAAUCAAUUAAGGAAGAUCUGGAAUCAACUUCAAAUUCGAAAAUCGACAAAUGA